CCAGAUUGUUGAUGAAGAACAAAACCUGUCCCAGGACCGACUUCUGGGGCACUCCACUUGAUAUCAGCUGCCAACUAGACCUGAAGCCGUUUAUUACUAACCAUUAUGCCUGAUGAUCCAGCCAGCUCUCUGUCCACCUUACAGUCCAUUCAUCCAACCUGUACUUCCUCAGCUUGCUUGCAAGAAUGUGGUGGGAGACUGUAUCAAAAGUCUUGCUGAAGUCAACGUAUAUCACAUCCACUGUUUUCCCUGCAUCCCCAGCGCCAGUCAUCUCAUCAUAGAAGGCAGUCAAGUUGGUCAGGCAUGACUUGCCCUUGGUGAAUCCAUGCUGCCUGUUCCUGAUCACUUUGUUCUCCUCCAAGCAGUUAGAAAUGGAUUCCUAGAGGACCUGCUUCAUGAGUUUUCUGGGGACCAAGGUAUACAAAACUUGGCUAUGCAGGAAAUACAGAACCGCAGUUCAUUAUUCCAUCAUGGGUGCACCCAUAGAGAUUUCUUGGGCCAAUACCAAUAGCCGAUUUUUAAGGAGGCAUAUCGGCUGAUACGGAUCCAGUUUCCGAUACACAGCCCGGUGGCUUGAAGAGCAGUGUCUGGCUGGUAUUGCAAUCAGAGAGUCAGCCAAAGUAGGUGACCAAGCCCAGAGGAGAGUAAUGAAGGGAGUUGAUGAUCUAGACUUUUUCAUAGGAGAUGAAGCCAUAGAUAAACCUACCUAUGCCACAAAGUGGCCUAUACGACAUGGUAUUGUUGAAGAUUGGGACCUCAUGGAAAGAUUCAUGGAGCAAGUAAUUUUUAAAUAUCUUCGAGCUGAGCCCGAGGAUCACUACUUCUUAUUGACAGAACCUCCAUUGAACACUCCAGAAAACAGAGAGUAUCUUGCAGAAAUCAUGUUUGAAUCUUUUAAUGUACCAGGACUUUACAUUGCUGUUCAGGCAGUAUUGGCCUUAGCUGCAUCUUGGACAUCACGGCAGGUUGGAGAACGUACGUUAACAGGAAUUGUCAUUGACAGUGGUGAUGGAGUAACCCACGUAAUUCCUGUGGCAGAAGGUUAUGUAAUUGGAAGUUGCAUCAAACAUAUCCCUAUUGCAGGUAGAGAUAUUACAUAUUUCAUUCAGCAGCUCCUAAGGGAGAGGGAGGUGGGAAUUCCUCCUGAACAAUCUCUGGAGACCGCAAAAGCCGUAAAGGAAAAAUACUGUUAUAUUUGUCCUGACAUAGUAAAAGAAUUUGCUAAGUAUGAUGUAGAUCCACGAAAAUGGAUCAAACAGUAUACUGGCAUCAAUGCAAUCAACAAAAAAAAAUUUAUUAUAGAUGUUGGUUAUGAAAGGUUUCUUGGACCUGAAAUUUUCUUUCAUCCUGAGUUUGCUAAUCCAGAUUUUAUGGAUUCCAUUUCGGAUGUAGUUGAUGAAGUUAUACAGAACUGUCCCAUUGAUGUUCGUCGUCCAUUAUAUAAGAAUGUGGUUCUUUCAGGAGGAUCCACAAUGUUCAGGGACUUUGGACGUCGACUACAGAGGGAUUUGAAAAGAGUAGUGGAUGCGAGAUUGAGACUUAGUGAAGAACUCAGUGGUGGUCGGAUAAAGCCCAAACCAGUUGAAGUUCAAGUGAUAACACACCAUAUGCAGCGUUAUGCAGUUUGGUUUGGAGGUUCCAUGCUUGCUUCAACAAGUUUUUUCAAGUAUGUCACACCAAGAAAGACUAUGAAGAAUAUGGCCCUAGUAUUUGUCGUCAUAAUCCUGUUUUUGGAGUCAUGUCAUAAUGCUUGUCUACUGGAAGUAGCGGUUCAUAUAUCUUGCUGGUGGAGAAACUCCUGAAAUGGAAGAAGACAACAGUUAUUGUAAAUACUGAAGCAAGAUGUGGAUGUUCAUCUCCUGGGAACAUUUGGGUCACCAUAGUGCACUACAACACUGCAUACAGCCCAGAUUCAUUUCAUUAAAAGCCAUUUCUGUGCUGACUACUUUAAAGCCUAUUCCUCUUUCUUCCUAAAUGUGAGCUUCUAGGUGGUAGGCCAGUCUGUUUAGGAGACUGUGCAAACACUACUGAGGUCAAGUCUAGAAGAUUAUGGCAUUGUUUUACUGCCUUGGGAAAAGUAAAAAGCGUUUAAGCCUUUUCCACCUGGGCUUUGCUCUUGCAAUCGAAUCUUUAUGGCCAGAUCUUUGUGCCUGUGUGGAGCCCCAUUGAUUUUAGUGGGACUCGGAAUGGAUUUAAGUGUCUGCUCACAGUUCACAUUGCAGGAUCAGAGCCUUACUUUAUAAAUGGAUGGUUUUUCAUAUCAUUUUGUAUUUUAUGAUAUUGGUAGGUUUGACUGGUUCUAAGCAUGGACAGCUAUCAGUAUCAUGGAGUGAUGUGGCAAGUUUCCAGGUGUGAGGCAUAUAUUGAAGUUGUACUGGUGUGUCUUGCUGAUGGGGAAAAAAAACAGCCGUGUGCGCUAGAAAAUGGUUUGUUUUUGUUUGAGUGACAUGAACUUUAAGCAACUUACAGUGUUGUGUGAGGUUUAUACAGCCUAUUUUACUUUUUGUUAUGUUUGAAUUUUUUUGAAGGUGUUUUAUAGAAGAUAACAUUUUUUUUUGGUGUUGGUGAGUGGUGGAUGAGAUGCUGCCUUGCACCAGUGAAAUAAACUGUUGACAUCUUUACAAA